CGCAAUUCUGUAUGAUGAGGCAAAAUCCUUGAAAUACCUUGUACAUAUAAACACCUUUAACUAAACUGUAAAUUCAUAUAGAUAAUUAAUGCGUAGAUAACACACUGAUGGAUGUAUGUGGGUGACAUUUGUGUUUGAUCAGCUAAUUGAAUAUUAGUACAAUCAGCACGUUCCUCAAUUUAUUCGGUUAAUGAUCGCAAAAGAUUAUAACAUAGAAUGAUAGAAAUUUUAAUAAAUAAAUAAUCUAGUGUUGUGCAUAUGAGUGACAAGUUGUUUUUCACAAAUUUGAAGUCGACAAAGUAACGUCUUAUAACGUCUUUUAUACGUAAACAUAACAUUCCCCAUCUAAACGUAACACUUACAUGUUAUCAACAUGAGGGAAGAAGUUGAAAGCAACGAUAGCUCCGAAUUAUCGGCUGUAAUUGGAGUGCUGUUGGACUGUUUAGACGAUAAAAAUCAAAAUGUCAAACAAUCCGUAAUUGAAUCGAUUGAGAGAAUAAGCAAGAAGAAUCCAGAGAUUGUCAUUCAUACUGCUAUAUAUUUUUGGGAAAUGCAUAGAAAGAUAUCCACUGAACAUACAGCAUCUCUGUUGAACAUAAUGUCCAAUAUCUGUAGACAUUCAGCUACAAAUUUAAAUAAAGAUUUAGCAGCAUCUCUCGCUGAAAUAGCAGUGUACGAAUUAAUAAGAAAGACUGAGAAUGAAGCAGCUGAGUUGUUAACUGAACUUUGUAAAAUAUAUUGCAUACAAGCCAUGGGUGGACUUUUAUCUAAAUUAGAACCUGGGAUAAUUCCUAAUGCUACAAUAGUUUUCACAAUAGGGAAGCUUGCGGUGGCCAAUCCAUAUGGGAUGUUGUCCUUUGUUAAAAUAAUAUUAACUAUUAUGUUACCAAUGUUAAAUCAAAUACGUGAAGAAGUUCUUAAGCAAGCAAUUUGUUUCAUGAUUAGUAAGCUUUGUGAAGCUAUGAAUGAUUAUAUGAUGAAUGCAGAAGUCUUAGUUCCAGAAAUUAACAAACAAAUGUUUGAGGAAGAAAUUUGCUCUGUCUGUGACUUUUUAAUGCAUAAUUGGUUGAAAACAUCUCGCGAUUUUAAUUCAAUAGAAGCUAUUUUAAAUGCAUUAGUUUCUAUAAUAUCUCUGUUAUCUGAACAGCAAGAUAACGAGAGACUUAUAAAAUUGAUACCUAUAUGUUUAAAUCUUUCUAAGAAAUCAAAUAUACGUUUAGCUUCGGUAAGAGUUUUAGCUGUACUUUUAAAUUGUAUCAAGACUGAAAGUGAUAAAGAAGCAAUUCGUACAUCUAUAGAAUACAUACAUCAAAUUUUAUUUGAAUAUGUCAGUGUCAGCCCCUAUGAGGCAACCCCUCGAAACAUGCUUCUUACUCAUUUCGAGAUACUGCAAUGCUUUAAAUCAUUGGUCACUUUGUAUCCUGAAGAAGGUCUUGACAGAAUCUUGCAACAGUUGAAAUCACCCACUACCAAUCAACGCGCUCGUGCUCUGGUAGUCCUGAAGUAUUUCAUAAAUACUCUUCCAUCAGAGGAGGAUGGAACAUUGCAAAGAAUUGCAUUGAGCCUACAGGAAUCUCUUAAAGAAAAUAGUUCGCUGCAAAUGGUUAGUGCCAUAGCUGCACUCGCAGCACGGCCGACAUUUCCUCUGCUACCAUCACAGAGAGCUAAAUUUGUUCGUUAUAUGGUGUCGCACUGUGACACGAAAAAGGACAACAUGAAACAAUGUUCCACAGCUUUGCAUUUACUUGCGACAACAGUCGACGACGUUGAAUCCUGGUUGUGGCCAUGUUUGAUAGAUGCAUUGCUGGAUCCAUCUUGCGUAGCUUCUGUUGCAUCCGUAUUACGUUCACUGACCUCGUUAACGAUAAAAAUAAUACGUAAUGAAAACUCUUCGAUAGAUGAAAGAGAUUUUCCGGGCACGAAAGUUUUAGGCAGAUGUUUAGAAUUAUUAAGCGAUUCGACUAAUCGACUUCCAGUAGUGACUUUUUUAAGAGCAGCAGCACCUUUGAUAGGACAUCGAGUGAAAUCUUAUUGGGACGAAAAGUUGUUGGAACUUUCACAAGAAUGUUCGCAAAAGGAACAAAGAAAUUCUCAAAAAAAUUCCAAAGAAAUGAAAGAUCCUAUGCAACGAGAUUUAAUUUGGGAAAAGAAGAUAGUAGAGUGGUUGGAAGAAAGCGUGAAAUUAGAAGGAGAAUCGUGGGGCAACAAAAUUGCUGACGAACUUGCCUUGAAAGCAAGUACACCAAAUGUAGCGUUAUUUUUAGCAUGUACAUGCAACAACAAUGCUCACAUUACUCUUCUCGUCGAUCUCGCGCGUUCUCGCAGUACUACCAAGGAAUACGCGCGAGCAGUCGGCAUCUGCGCCAAACGACACUUGAGUAUCGUGUUGAGAUUAAUGGAAGAGUUUUGUGCCAUCGAAGAUGCUAAGAAAGUCCGCGUGUCAUUCUUGAGUUUAAUGAGAGACACGAAAGUCACUGCUACCGCUGAAGCUCCAAAAGCGGGUUUGUUACAAUCUUAUGCUGAAAUCGCUCAGAGGGGGGAUCCACAGAAAUUUUUCUCAGCGUUUGAAAAGCACGUAUUAUCAUGGAGUAUUAAACAGUUGAACGAAUGUAAGGAAUUAUCUACAAAAGAAGCAGGACUGUCAGUUUUGGAACAAGUGGCUAAUGCUGUUCAUCCCACCAAAUUUCCCGAAUUUGAGAGCUUGCAUAUAAAAACUACUGCUUUAGCUACUUUAUUGGGAAUUUUACAAUCGUCAACUGGAUAUAGACCGUUGCAAAUUUAUCCGGCGAUACUGAAAGCAAUAAACUCUUUAAUACGUAUAGCACCAAUGUUAAAUAAUGAAGAAAAACAGAUUUUCCUCAGUGCAAUAUUGGAUAAAACGAUCGGUGCUAGUUUGGAGAUUGAUCAUCAUUUAAAUUCAGAAAUGAUACUACAAAUCAUGGAUGAAUUGGGAGCCAUAUCUAGUGAAAUUGUAUCUGAUUCAGCGGAUAUGUUAGCUGAGCUGGUUGAUAUAUUGUUACCAUGGAUGCAGUCCAAGUCAGAUAUAGAAAGAAAAAUGACUCUAUUGGUGUUACAUACAGUGCUUCAAUCCUAUUAUAAUUCUUUAAAGUACACAUAUCCAGGCGUCAAGUUUGAUGCUGGACAACUAGUAGGAAGAAUUUUUUCCUGGUGCGCCGACGAUAAUAGCAACUUGAGAACAUUGCUGAUAGAUUGUUUAUUUCUCUCUUUGGAUAUUGCAGCUCGUCAUCGUCAUAUAUCACCUGCGAGCGCCUCGAUUAAAAAUAUACAACAAAUAAAGGAUGAAAUAACUAAAAAUGAGGAGCUGCCAUAUGGAACCAUAAAAAAUUUGGCUGAAGUGGUAUCAAAUGAAAUUCCCAAUGGUGAGAUAGUUGGGUUUGCAGAAGGUUUGAUAGAAGGCUUACUAUUCUAUGGAGACACAAGUCUGAUAGCGGGAAUAGGUCUUACACAACAUUUUGAAAUUAGAGGAUCAGAGAUAUCUAGGGCCGAUGUUUGUUUAGUUGAAAGUAUUAUUGUGCAAAUGAGACAAAUUGAAAAUAGGUCCUGCAGAUACGUUGCAAUAACGGCUAUAGUAUCGCUGAUGAAGCAUCAUCCAGAAGAAGUGAGCGAAUAUCUUUUAUCACAACCAUUACCAUUGGAUCCAGGUACUAGAUUGUGUUGGAGAGAAAUCGGCAAUGAUGAAUAUCUUGGAGGCCGAGCGUUGGAGUUGCUACUGGUAAAACUCAAUUUCGGCAAUCUAUUUGGUGAAGUUACGAUGCAUUCUGGAAGAAAUAAUACCGCAUCUCUCACGUCCUUGACAGCUAUCGUGGGCUUAAAAUAUCUUUUAGAAUCGCCAAAUAUGGAAAUUUUUAUUGAGAUACACUUAUCAGAAUUGUUAUCGAUUCUCCUCAAAUUCCUCUCAGGCUGGCUGCGGAUCGAAGCUCCUGUGUCGCUGAUAAACACAAAGUUCGGAUACGUACCUAAUCGAGCCGUGCAGAAGAUGAAUCCAUACGCGGAAGUAUAUUCUGUAAUAACUAGCAUAUUGAUGAUCAUUCAACCAAAUGUCGCGUAUAAUUUGCUAGCGGAAGCCGCAUCUUCUUUCGAGACGCAAACCGAGGAUAACGUGAUAUUGAUUGUACGAACAUUAAUUAAAUGCAUAUUGGGCAGAAAUGAAGUUAUGUUGAAUAUGGCGCAAAUAAUAGGUAAAUUGAUGACGAGUACUAUAGCCAUACAACGCGCGGUCGCCGCGACGUUUUAUACAGAACUGAUUGGCAAAGUGGACUGCGGAGUUAUAUGGCUUGAAUCCAUAAUUAAUACCCUUCACGAAUGCAAGACCGAUUCGUCGUCCUUGGUGCGAACACACGCCACUAUUGGACUUGCUAGAAUAGGUUACUUGGAUCCGAAACUGAUCGACGAAUACUUUGACAAUUGUAUGGAUGCCUUACUCGAUGGACUGGAAGAGACUGCUGGCGGGAAAGACGGCGCUGAAGUGGUACUCGAAUCGUUACGAGGCCUCUCAGUAUUGUUGUCAGUUCAAUGCAAGAAGCCUGUAAGUCCGCGAGUGGUGUUAGCUUUGAAACCUUUUAUCGAGAAAGAAAAUUGGGAAAUGAAGUUCGCUGCCAUAAACGCUCUGGGUGCGAUAGUUGCAAAUUGGCAAAAGCUUGCAUUGUCAUGCAACAAUGAUUUGAUUGAUCAUCUUCUAGGCUGUUUGCCAUCUCUGAUAAUAAGACUGGAAGACUCGAAUUCAAUAGUAGUUACGGCAGCAAAGGAGACAUUAUGUAAGGCCACGGCUAUUCUGCAGAAUGAGAAAUUAUCGCAUGUGAUAUAUAGUAAUUUGGGACCAGAAGCGAAGUUUGAUUUUGAGACUUUUUCGAAGAUUUUGAUAAAUUGUUUGAAAGAGGAAUUUCCCCAAAGAGCGGAAGAACUCAGAAACGCUGUUGUUCGAGGCUAUUCCAAAUCGGAGAAUGAUCAUACUAGAGCUACAUCUGCGCUGCUCUUAGGAUUAUUUAGUUCUCCGAGACCCGAAGACAUACAAAGACUGUUGCAACUUUUGCGUGAUAGAAAAAGUAUUGUAAGAAUACGUGCUUCGCAAGCUCUCUCGUUUUGCUUUACGCUUUAGCGCGGAUCAUGUUUUGAUAAUUUAUCACACUAGUUAUGAAUUGCACCUUAUUUUUAAAUUACAAGAUUUGUGUGCAAAGGUAUUUUUUUAUUCUUUUGUGAUAUAGUUUAUUGUAAAAUAUAUAUUUAUAGAGAUGAAUUUAUUUUUA